AUGCAGGCUCUUUCAACAUAUUUUUCCGAUUUUUUUAUUCAGCUUGUUGAACCUGCAAGAGAAUAUUUUCCUGGUGAAGAAGUUCAUGGAGCCAUUAUUGUACAAAGUUCUAAAACAAUUAAAUCAUCAGCCGUUCGUCUUAAACUUAGAGGAAAAGUAACAUCAAAGGAUCGUGAUUUUUGUCUUUUUGAAAAAGAAGUAUCAAUAGGAGAACAUAAACAAGUAGAAAAAUAUUUACAUUUUCCAUUUUCAUUCAAUUUGCCAACCGAUAUUCCUUCAUCCUGUAUGUUUUCUGGAUAUGGUAUUACAUAUACAUUAAAAGCUGCAUUACAAACGGUAUCAUGGUUAUCGGAAACAUUUUUACGUAAAUGUUCAACAGAGAUUAAAAUUUUAGAUGAUAUAAAUAUAAAAAAUUAUCCUCCACCAAUUGUUAGACCUUUUCAAAUUGAAGUUAAGGGGAAAAAGAAAUUUCGUGGCUAUGCUCAUAUAAAUAUUGAAAUCUCAAAGGGUGCAAUUAUGAGAGGCCAAUCUGUCCCAAUUAGUAUUCAUAUAAAACAUAUCGCUCCUAUUAAAAAUCUUGAAGGUGUACUUAUAGCUUUAUAUAAAAGAACAAAAACUAUAUCAAAAAAUGGUAAAGAAGAAACUACGCGUAAAGUAAUAUCAUCGACAAUCUUGCCUAUAUUAAUUAAUCCAGAUACAUCUGAAGCAACAAUUAAUACAAAAAUAACAGUUCCAAAUAAAGUGCCACCAACAGUUAAUAAUGCAAGAUAUUUUUUCAUAUCAUAUUCAAUAGAAAUUAACGUAGAUUUAACGAUUAAGAAAACAAUAUUCGAAACUUCUAGUAAAGUGGGAAAACACAGUUAUGCUCAUUUAAGAAAGAAAAUGGGAAAAUAUAAUGGUUAUUUUAAUAUACCGCUUGUAAUAGGUACAACUGACGUUAGUAAUUAUAAUAACAAUGAUUACACUAAUAUUCAUGAUCAUAAUCAUCAUAUGAGACGUCCAAGUGAAUGGACUAUUGGUUCUUCAAAUAAUCAUCCAAUUGAUCCUUCAUUUUUAUCAGCAUUAUCAGAUUCAUAUAACAAUUGUCAUUAUCAUAAUGAAGAUGGAGAUAAUUAUGCAAUGUCUUGGGAUGGAACAGGAACAAUCUCUCCCAUACCUUCUGCUCCUUCUGUAGAUGAUUUUGAAGUAUAUGAUGAUUUUAAUAUUCAUUAUUCUUCAUAG